AUGGCUCUCGAUUAUUCAGUUCUUGGAGCAGCGAUAGGAUCAUUGAUCCUCGCACAAUGCGUCUGGUUCUUCUCUGUCGUCGUCUACCGCCUGUACUUUUCACCUAUCGCGGAUUUCCCUGGACCUCCUAUAGCUGCGGCGACUGGCUGGUAUGAGUUUUACUAUCAGGUCUUGCGUAACGGCAAGUACAUAUUCGAGAUUGAAAAGAUGCACAAGAAAUAUGGUCCCAUCGUCCGAGUCAACCCUGAUGAGCUUUCCAUACACGACCCGGAAUUCUACAAUGAGCUGUAUGUCACUGAGAAUAAGCGGCGGACUGACCACUAUGACGCGUUUGGCAAAGGAAUUGGCUUUGAAGAUUCCCACCUGUUUACGAAGGAGCACGAUCUCCACCGGGUCAGGAGGAAGGCCUUGGAGCCGACUUUCACAAGGAUGGGCAUCAAUCGCUACCUGCCGGUGAUUACAGAGGUAGCCCUGCAUCUUGAAACCCGCCUCCGAGAGUACUCUGGUACCAACGACAUCAUCCGCCUAGACCACGCUUUCACUGCGUACACCGGCGAUGUUGUGGGAAGGAUGUGCCUUGAUACCAAAGAUCAUGGGGACAGGUUCCUAAGCGAUCCCGAGUUCUCACCCGAUUGGUUCAAUGCGAUGUAUAUGAUCAUCCGCUCCAUACCCAUCGCCACGGCAUUCCCAACACUGGUCUUGAUAAUGAGCUACAUCCCAGAGCGACUCUUUCUGCUCGCAUAUCCCCGCGGAGAAGGAUUGCGCAAACUGAGGCAGAAAGCCAGGGAGAAUAUCCGCAAAGUCCUGAAGAGCGACUCCGUACAGGACGAGAACGUCACGUCCCUCUUCCACCACGUCGUCAACAGCGACAUGCCCGAGUCGGAGAAGACCGAGCCCCGGCUCGUGAUGGAGGCCAUGCUGAUCAUGGCGGGAGGGACCUGGACCAGCGGUCGUACAAUCGGGGUAGCGUCUUACUAUAUCCUGUCCCGACCCGAGCUGCAACGUGCAGUUGAGGCAGAGCUCAGAGAUGUAAUGGUCAAAUGGCCCCAAGUCGUCCCGGCAUGGGCCGAGCUCGAGAAAUUGGUGCUCCUCCAGGCUGUCAUCAAGGAGUCCUUGCGUAUCAGCUAUGGCGUAAUGCACCGCCUACCUCGAAUCUCGCCCGAUGUUCCCAUUCAGUACAAGCAGUAUACCAUUCCACCUGGGGUUCCAGUAGGCAUGUCGUCGUAUCUCAUGCACACAGAUACCAGCGUGUACGAAGCGCCACUCGAGUUCAGACCCGAACGUUGGAUCGGCGACAUCGACCCGGCGAUGAACCGGAACUACGUGCCCUUCGCCCGUGGAUCCAGAAACUGUCUAGGUAUCCACUUGGCAAUGGCCGAGAUAGCCUAUGCUCUGGCUGUGCUCUUUCGCCCCAGUGGUCCUCAACUGGAGGUCUUCGAGACAGAUGAAAGCGACGUGCAGCUGGUUCACGACUUCAUGGUCGCAACAUCUCGUUUGGAUAGCAAGGGCAUCAGGGCUAUCGUACACUGA